UCUCCAGCUAAACAAUGGCACCCAAGAAAGACGUUAAGAAGGCUGAGCCUGCAAAGAAGGCUGAGCCCGCACCUGCACCCGCCGCAGCCGAACCCGAGGCCAAACCCAAAGAAGCAGCAGUUGAUCUGUCUUCAGUCAAGGUUCAGUUCACCCCAGACCAGCUGGAGGACUACAGGGAAGCCUUUGGCCUUUUCGACAGAGUCGGUGACAACAAGGUCGCCUACAACCAGAUCGCUGACAUCAUGCGUGCUCUGGGCCAAAACCCCACCAACAAGGAAGUGAACAAGAUCCUUGGCAACCCCAGUGCUGAGGAGAUGGCCAAUAAGAGAGUGGAGUUCGAGACUUUCCUGCCCAUGCUGCAGUUUAUUGUGAACAGCCCCAACAAGGGAACCUUUGAGGACUACGUUGAGGGUCUGCGUGUCUUUGACAAGGAGGGCAACGGCACAGUGAUGGGCGCUGAGCUGCGUAUUGUCCUCUCAACACUGGGUGAGAGAAUGUCAGAGGUUGAGGUCGACGCUCUCAUGGCCGGCCAGGAGGACGAGAACGGCUGUGUCAACUAUGAGGCUUUCGUGAAACACAUCAUGUCCGUGUAAGCCGUAACGGUCGUGAGGAAGCUCGUCUAUUUCUCCCGACCCCAUGGUGUCAGGACGUCCAUGUGCUGUUUCCACAACCAACAGGGAAACGAAUUUAGAUGAAAGGACUAUGGGAUGUCGUUUUUAAGUCAUUCUUUUUGUCUUAUGUUUUUUUCCCUUCGUUUUGUGUCA